AUGGACGUCUACACCCUCUAUAAGCAGCAACUCGGGACUUUAAAUUCAAACCAAAAGCAUCUUAUAAACAAUUUAACGCUACUCGCACGCCAAUACGCAUCCACACCCAACCAAGUAGCAGAUGCCGUCCAUGACCACAUCUCUUUCCUGAAACCGCAUUACAGGCUACCUGUUCUCUACUUGAUUGACAGCGUUUGUAAAAAUCUCGCUCAAUUCAACUACGCGUACUACUUUAGACCAUACAUUGCCAAGGAUUGGCUAGAGACGUACAACAUGGUAGAUGGCUCUACGCGUUCAAAACUCGAAGAAUUGGUCAUUACUUGGCGUAAUGGUGGUCCUUACGGAUCAAAUUUAUUUGGUGAGCACGCCCAACUAGAAUGUGAGCAGAGACUUUAUGGCAAUGGCGGAUGGAAAGCAACUAUACCUCUUUCGUAUGGCCCAAGUAGAACACUUGUCAUCUCUGAGCUUCAAGGUGCUUUGGAAAAGAGAAGGUUGCAUUUGCAGUACUAUCCAUUUGACGAUAAGGUCAAAUCUCAUGUUCACGCUCUAUCGACGCUUGAAAAGAUACUGCUUACAACUUCUGUACCACCUGAUCAAUUGAACCAGAUAUAUGAGAGAGUGAAAUCCAUGACGAAUGAUGCAACACCGUUAGUUGGCGCGCCGGGAGCAGCGCCGGGAAUAACACCAGGCAUAUCAUCAGGAUUGGCUUCAGGAUCACCCCCACCAUUACCCACACCUGCAAUCAUAUCAACGCCAGCACCCGCGCCAGCACCACCAGUUCAGCCAGCUGCACCUAUACCCAUCUUAGCCUCGCAGUCAAACCCCUUACUGCAAUCUUUAACACCACCACCACCAUCAGCAACGCCAUCACAACCUGGUUCAAAUGUAUCUGGAUUACUGCAAUCAUUGCAAGCAUCUGGAUUGUUGAAACCAUCAACGACAUCGAUUAAUGGAUCUAGCACACCUGCAUCACUUACACCACAAAUGAACACAACCAACACAAUCUCUCAGGAUGACGAUGAGAAAGAAAAACAAUAUGAUCAAGCAGUUCUCGCACUUGAUAUUGUACUUGAUAAUAAUGAUAUACUUUGUGCACGACCAAAUCUUGACAAAUUGUUUUACGAUAGACUAACAAUACAGUGUCCACAAUGCUCUCGACGAUUCGGUGAUACGAAGAGCGGGAAGAAGCAGCUGGGGGAGCACAUUGAUACGCAUUUCAGAAUAAAUAGGCGUAAUAAAGAGGGAAGUCGAGGAGUUACAAGAUCAUGGUUGAUUGUGUUGAGAGAUUGGAUGAAUGAUGUGGCUGACGACUCGCUAGCUUCACAGAGAGGACCAAUGGCUUCACAUGAAGAUUCAGAGCACGCACAAGAGAUGGAAUACCGUAAAAAGUUAGAAUCAUCAACUGUGCCUGUACCCAUUGAUGCUUCGGAUGCUGCGCAGCUGUGUCCGAUUUGUAAAGAAAAGUUUAAGUCGGAGUUUAGCGAGGAGGAUGAAGAGUGGGUAUGGGUCAAUGCGAUACAAGACGGUGAUGUUAUCUACCAUGCAACAUGCCACAAUGAUCGUACUGUGGGGGCUGUAGAUACCCUACCUGCGUCUCGUUCUGGGUCUGUUUUGGGUAAGAGGGAGAGGCAGGGAAGCCUUGAUGAUGGCGACGUUGCUGCUGACACAAAGAAAAUUUUACUUGAAGACGUUGUCAAGAUGGAGACGCUGUCGAGAGGAAUAAGAAUGAGCAAGCCGUUUAUCGAAUCAGUAGAAAAUAUCCCAACAAAUACAAAGUUCCUCGGACUGCAAACGCUCCACUGGAAAGACCAAGACGGGAAAGCACGCAAAUGGGAGAAUGCAUAUCGCACGACGCGUUCAGAAAGUGGCGUGGAUGCAGUAUCGAUAGCUGCGAUAUUGAAAUACACGACAGCGCGUCCGAGUGAUAUAGUGCUCAUAAAGCAAUACCGACCACCACACGAUACGCAGGUAGUUGAGAUGCCAGCUGGACUGGUGGAUGCAGGCGAGGACAUACGUGCCUGUGCUAUCCGUGAGCUGUACGAGGAGACAGGCAUACGCAGCGACAGGAUAACUGUCAUCGAUGAGACCCCUACGAUUGCAAACGAUCCGGGUAUGUCAAAUGCUAAUAUGAAGAACGUGACUCUCGUGGUGGAUGGCGUCGAUGCUGACGUGGCGAUGCCUGAGCAGCAUCUUGAUGAAGGGGAACAUAUCACCGUACAACGCGUACCUCUCACCCAACUCCAUCAGAAGCUACUUGAGUAUUCGGAGCAGGGCUUUAUCGUUGACGCUAGGCUGUCACACUUGGCUCUUGGCUUGCAUAUCGCCCGCACACAGCAGUCUGUUUUCUAA